AUGACCACAACAUCUCGUGUAACAACAACAAAAAUUCAACCCAGGAGAUACACAGAGGAAGGACACCAGUUUGGAGUGCCAGAGGGCCAGGGAUUUCCGGGUGUUAUCAGUUCUUCUUGCCCCCUUUCUUUAGUGAAGUCUCCCCCGGCCAGCACCACAGCCAGGGUCCUUGUGAAGAAGGGCGGAUGGAACUUUUUGAAGUGCGCCUACAUGGUGAUGACCUUCCUCUUCGUGUCCUACAAUAAAGGAGACUGGUGUUACUGUCACUACUGCAACCCGGAGCUGAACCUGAGAGACGACCCCUGCUGCUCUUUCUAGCGAACCUGCUCCAUCUGACUCCUCCUUCACUAGCCCUCCAGCUCCCAGGCGCUAUGGCCUGCCAACUCAUGCAAUGAGCGUGUCCAGAGAAAGUCUCUCAGAGGGCCGCGCUGUGAGACGAGGGCCUUGGGAGCGGAAUGAGUCUCUGCAGGGCUUUCGCCCACACCUUCUCUUCGGGACCGGUUUUAGCCUUUCUUUCCUGUUCCUCUAAUGAAAUUGCACUUGUGUAAUGGCUAAGGGUUUCUUUUUUCUGCUCACACAGCACAGCAAAUGAACACAGGGUGGAGGGCCACUAAGAAUCAUCUAUAAUUUUUAAAUAAAAAAAAUUGUUACCUCCUGAGUCAGUGUGUGUGCA